AUGGCGGGGAAUUCGUCUAGUCCGCUGCCCGACCCAGCAGCUGACUUGAACUGGAGCAAUUUCAAUGGAGCAAUCCAUGAAAUUUUCGCGCGCAACGCCAAUGAGCAUCCGGAGAGGCUCUGCGUUCUUGAAACGAAAGGCCUGCGAUCACCCGAGCGCCAAUUCACCUAUAAGCAAAUCAAUGAGAGCUCCAACCAAUUAGCCCAUUUCUUUUUAUCGAAUGGCUGCGAACGCGGAGAUGUAGUUAUGAUCUAUGCAUACCGAGGUGUUGAUCUCGUCGUUGCCUACAUGGGAGCUCUUAAGGCUGGUGCAACAGUCAGUGUGUUGGAUCCACAAUAUCCCCACGAUCGUCAAAAGACCUUGUUAGAGGUGGCCAACCCCAGAUUCAUCGUUCAUAUUCAGCGAGCCGCCGAGGAAGCCGGUCCAAUUUCCGAAUCUGUCUCCCAGUUUAUCGCUUCCUCAUUGAGCAUCAAGGCCCAUGUCCCGGCGCUCAAGCUCCAAGACGAUGGACAACUCACCGGUGGUGCUAGCGUUGGUCAGGACCAAGACUGUCUCCAGCCCUAUGAGCCGCUCAAGCAGCAGAUGCCAGAUGUCGCCAUUGGCCCUGACUCAGUGCCCACCCUCAGUUUUACUAGUGGCUCCGAAGGGAAGCCCAAAGGUGUUCAGGGACGACACUUCUCUUUGACCUAUUAUACUCCUUGGAUGCAGCAGAGAUUCGGUCUUUCCAAGGAUGACAAAUUCACAAUGUUGUCUGGAAUCGCCCAUGAUCCAAUUCAACGAGAUAUCUUUACGCCCCUCUUUCUCGGCGCACAGAUUGUUGUGCCACACCGAGACAGUAUCGCACAUGAGCUUCUUGCUGAAUGGAUGAAGGAGCACCGUGUUACUGUUACCCAUCUCACGCCUGCGAUGGGCCAGAUUCUAGUUGGUGGUGCUACCGCCCAAUUCCCUUCACUGCAUCAUGUGUUCUUUGUUGGAGACCUCCUAACAAAGAAAGACUGCCGAAGACUUCAAGAAUUAGCCCCUAAUACUUCCAUCGUCAAUAUGUACGGGACCACGGAGACCUCCAGAGCCGUGUCCUUUUUCGAGAUCCCCAGCAAGGCUCAACAGCCCCUGUAUCUUGAUGAUCUACCAGAUAUUAUUCCUGUUGGCCAGGGCAUGCUCGACGUUCAGCUUUUGGUCGUUGAUCGCAAUGACCGGUCUCGUAUCUGCGACAUUGGGGAACAAGGUGAACUGUUUCUCCGAGCAGGGGGCCUUGCGGAAGGAUAUCUCGGAGACGAUGAACGUACCAAGCAACUCAAUGAAUCCAAAUUUCUGACAAAUUGGUUUGUUGAUCCUGCAGUCUGGACUCGCGAAUACGAACGCACUGCUUCGCAGGCCCCGAAGGACUGGAUGAAGCUCUACAAGGGACCACGGGAUCGGAUUUAUCGAACCGGCGAUCUUGGUCGGUUCCGUGCCGAUGGUGCUGUGGAAUGCACUGGCCGAGUUGACAACCAGGUUAAGAUUCGUGGCUUUAGAAUUGAGCUGGGUGAGAUUGAUACUCAUCUGUCUCAUCACCCUUUCAUCCGUGAAAAUAUCACGUUGGUUAGGAGAGAUAAGGACGAGGAACCAACCCUGGUGAGCUACAUUGUUCCAGAGGCAAAGCGAUGGUUCCAGCAGCUUGCUGAAGAUGGGAAUCUGCCUUCUGAGCCGGAGCCGUCUACGGAGGACGAAUCACUGGUUACUAUGCUUAAGAGGUUCCGCUCGUUGUCGGAGGAUUGCAAGAAGUUCCUGAAAACCAAGGUUCCUCAUUACGCGGUACCGACAAUGUUCAUUCCUCUCGCUCGCAUGCCUCUGAAUCCCAACGGCAAGAUCGACAAACCUGCCCUUCCCUUCCCGAGCACUAGUGAUCUUGCCCUCGUAAACAGAAGGGCUUCAAGAAGCACUUCACUUCAACCAUCCCUCACUGAGACGCAACAGAAAGUUGCCGGGAUCUGGGCAGGAGUCCUGCCAAACAUUUCUGCGAGGAUGCUCACACCUAAAUCCAACUUUUUCGAAGAGGGUGGACAUUCCAUCCUUGCCCAGCAAAUGCUUUUCAAAGUUCGGAGAGAAUGGAAAGACAUCGAUAUCCCAAUGAGUGCCAUUUUCCAAUCGCAGACCCUAGAAACAUUUGCUGCGGAAAUUGAACAUGCUCAAGACCCUACUGGCCUCCGACUUGACCAAAACGUCCACGCCAGCUCGACAAUUGUGGAUGAAGCAUAUUCAACAGACGCUCGCGAUCUUGUUGGAAAGCUACCAGCUACUAUCCCCAAGUCAACCAGUUCCGAGACUGCCGGAACGGCUUUCCUUACCGGCGCAACGGGUUUCCUUGGCUCUUACAUUCUCCACACACUUCUUGAAACAAACAAGGAAAUGCGCGUUAUUGCACACGUGAGAUGCAAGGAUGCCGCAGCAGGACUCCAGCGUCUUAGAGGUAUUGCUGAGGCCUAUGGACUUUGGCGCGAGGAGUGGAGUGGCCGGGUAGAGGUCGUUCCCGGCGACAUUGCUCAACCUCAGCUUGGCAUGUCCUCGGAGGACUGGGAUCGCAUUACUCAAGAGGCUGAUUUGGUCAUUCACAAUGGAGCACAGGUGAACUGGAUGCUGCCGUACUCCAGCCUGCGCCCGGCCAAUGUUCUGAGUACAAUGGAGUGUGUGACUCUCUGUACCAGCGGGAAGCCUAAGCGGCUCGCAUUUAUUAGCUCCACCUCGACUUUGGAUACAGACUCUUACGUCAACCUCUCGCAACAAAGCGUUGCGUCCGGUGGAUCUGGCGUCCUCGAGACAGACAAUCUGGAGGGCAGUGCUAAGGGCCUAGGCACUGGAUAUGGCCAGUCGAAAUGGGCUAGCGAGUUCAUUGUUCGCGAGGCUGGCCGGCGUGGUCUUGUGGGAGUUGUCAUUCGCCCCGGUUAUAUUACUGGAGACCCAGUGUCUGGCUUUUCUGUCACUGAUGACUUCCUCCUACGUCUCUGGAAGGGCUGCAUUCAGGUCCAAGCACGCCCGGAUAUCCCAGGCAACACGAUCAACCAGGUCCCAGUCACACACGUCAGUCGCGUUGUGGUUGCCUCGGUGCUCCACCCACCCGUCGAGCCUCUGGGAGUUGUGCAGGUGACUAGCCAUCCGCGCCUGACUACCAACGAGUACCUUGGGUCACUAGAAACGUACGGCUAUAAUGUGCCGCAGGUACCGUACCGGGAGUGGUGUAAUAUGUUGCAAAACUAUGUGGCCGAUGACCGCAACACUGGAUCGCGGGAGCUUGCACUUCUUCCAUUGUUCCACUUCGUUGUCGGCGACCUGCCAUCUGACUCUCUUGCCCCAGAGCUUGAUGAUGCCAAUGCCGCUACCUCCUUACGUGCAUUUGGCGUCUCGCCAGAGCAAUUGAGCGAUCGUGCAGUUGGCACAGAGACUAUUGGUCGGUACCUUGCCUUCUUGGUGGCCACUGGGUUCUUACCUAGUCCAUCCACUACGGGUGUUAAGGCCAUUCCUAGUGUGGAUACCCAGAGAUUGCAGGCUAUGGGAAGCCUCGGUGGAAGGUCUUCAAAGCCAUGA